UUGUACACAGUACACAUACGUAGAAAAGAACAACGGGAUUAGAUAAUCAAGAGGCCACGGCCCAAGGGCGAUGCACCAAGCUAGGACGCCCCGGCUCAAGAUUGCCUGGGUCCCACCUCCACAUGCUUACAUGGAACGUUGCCGACCACAUAAACAUUUCUCCUAGAACCUCGUGCUACAUAUGCUAGCACAGUAUAUUUUGUAAGAAAAAUUAACUUGAAUUAAAAGCGUCCGUAAACAUAUAUCAAUUUUGAAAAAAAAAGGCAAAGGAGAACACUGGGGCCCAAUGCAAUGACCGACAUGGGCCACCUCUAUAAAUGGGCCCCUCCCAUCGUUACCUCCGAAGCCACCGUGACAUUGACACCCACCACACCCACAACCACAACGACCGCCAUGUCCACCACCACCCCACCGCCACCGGCGCCACAAGCUCACGGCGGCCGCAAUGGCAGCAUCCCGUCGUUGUCGCCUUCCAACGAGUCCUUCUCCAGGUUCUUCGAGUCCUGGAUCGCCGAGCAGUCCCGCGACCUCGCCGCGCUCCGCGCCGCGGCGUCCGCGGACCCGCCCACCCGGGAGGCCGACCUCCGCCGCCUCGCCGACCGGGUGCUGGGCCACUACGAGCACUACUACCGCACCAAGGCCGCGGCGGCGGCGGUUGACCUGCUCCGCAUGUUCACCCCGUCCUGGACCUCCACCACCGAGAACCUCUUCCUCUGGUGCGGCGGCUGGCGCCCCACCGCCGCGCUCCACCUGCUGUACACCAAGUCGGGUAUGCAGCUCGAGCACCAGCUCCCCGCCUUCCUCAACGGCGGCAGCCUCAAGGCCGACCUCGGCGACCUCAGCGCCGGGCAGCUCCAGGACGCCGACCAGCUGCAACGCCGCACCAUCAAGAGAGAGCGCGAGAUCGAGGACGCCGCCGCGAGCGCACAGGAGGCGCUGGCGACGGCGAAGAUUUUGGAGCUCGCCGGCGGCGGCGGCGGGGUGGACGCGGAUGCGAUGGAGCGGGAGAUGAAGACGAAGGCGGACGGGAUGAAGCGCGUGCUGGAGAUGGCGGACGCGCUGCGGCUGGAGACGAUGCGCGGGGUGGUGGCGCUGCUCCGCCCCGCGCAAGCCGUUCACUUCCUCCUCGCCGCCGCCGAGAUCCACCUCGCCGUGCACGACUUCGGCUGCCGCAAGGACGGGCACGCCGGCAACGCCGCCGCGCCGGCGCCGCAGCAGCCGUAACGGCGCGUGGCAGCUGGCCUGGCGCUCGCUUGCACCUCCUCCCCCCGCCAAAGCGGCCGCCGCCGCUGCUUUGGUCAGCACGAGCUGUCGCGAUAAGGCUCUGACCUUUUGUUUUCUGUUGGCGUGUGUGGUGUGCGCCUGUACCAUGUCGCUGUCUCUCCAGUACUGAGCUGUCAGUGUUCGUAUUGUUUAGGAGUAUAUGACCUACGAAGUACGUAGUACGGUAGUAGAACUGGUGUUUGUUUGAGCAGAGUCGCCGGAGUAGGGGAAUAUUAGGGGUGAUUGGUUC